AUGUGGGCAAAACUCAGAGCUUCCAAGAUCAAGAAAGAUGGGAACAAAUCUAUGAAUGUUUGCAAAAGCCUUAAUGUCAAUGAGGAGUAUCUUUGCGCAUUAAGAACCAAAUCUUAUGCCGAUUUCUUCACAAAAGCUCAAUUACUAGUAAAUUCACCAGCAUCUCCACCUUACUGCCAUAACACGUUCUCUGAAAUCCUCCUUGAACCGGGACAAGAAACCAUAACUACUAUUCUUGAAUCAGCAACUCUUUCCAAGAAAUCCGAUCUCAAAGCCCUAAUACUAAACUACUUUGAUAUCAGUGCCGAAGCUUCCAAAAUUUGCAGCCAUCUCCUCAUAAGCAUCAACCAAAUUCAAUCUAACUAUAAGCUCAUUCAAGGCGUGCUCAAUAUAAUUGAUGACUACUCUCCUGAACAACUCGGAUUCAUUAUCUCUGAACUACGUUCAUUCAUCGUUCUCAACAAUCCAUUUUCUAGUCUUGAUAAACAGGAUUUUAAGUUGAUUCACGACAAGUACUCCUUGGUGUUGUACCUUCUCAAAUCAAAGAGAAAAAAGGUGGCAAGGAAGAUCAAAUUGAUAAAGUGCUUCAACAAGGCAUCUGGCAUUUGUGUGACCGCGGCUUGUGGCUUGGUGGCCACGGCAGCCAUUGUUGUAGCAGCACAUACACUUACUGCACUAGUGAUGGGCCCCGCGAUCCUCAGCUUACCCAUAAAUCCAUUGAAGAAGAAACUACUUAAUUUUCGCUUUCUGAGAAGUGGGUUUUUGAGGAAAGUUGGAGAGCAACUCGAUGUAGCAGCUAAAGGGACUUAUAUUUUGAAUAGGGAUUUUGACACUGUGAGUAGACUUGUGGCAAGGCUUCAAGAUGAGAUUGAACACAACAAGGCAAUGAUACAAUUCUGUUUGGAGAGGAGGGAAGAUAAAUUUUCAUUGCAAGUAUUAAGGGAGCUUAAGAAGAGUGAUGUUGGGUUUAGGAAACAAGUGGAGGAACUUGAAGAACACGUAUAUUUGUCCCUUGUAACCAUUAAUAGGGCAAGAGCUUUGGUAGUCAAGGAAAUUGCAGCAUCUUGUGGGGAAGAUUUAGCAUAG